AUGCAUAAAUGGCUCUGUGACACAACGAUAAAUCGGGUGCUUAAGUGCUUUUCUAACAACACGCCAGGGGUUGCCAUGCUCGGAUAUCCUCUUAAAGACGGCGAAACACCCCAUACUCUGCUGGUUAGCACCUUUUAUUUCGAGUCGCUUAAGAGCUCAGGAAUGUUGCGAAUUUCAGAAUGGCUGGCCAAAAUACCCAUUGAUACUAUCCAGCGCAUGAUUAUUCCUUUGUUUAGCAACCACCAUUGGUCUUUAUCGGUGGUUUAUCCUAAGCUAGGCCUGGGCGUGGUCCUAGACCCAUUAAGGCCCUAUCAUAAGGAAGUCUCUAAGAUACUCCUGCAACAUUCUGGAGUGGAAGUCGUUCUUUAUAACGAAUCUGUCGUGCAGCAGACUAACUCCAGUGAUUGUGGGAUUUACACUCUUUACUACACCGGCUGCCUUGUAAGCAAGAAGAUACAUAGACUAUUUCAACCGGUUCCAGCCGAGUUCAUCAAGCUAAUGCGCGAAGAACAGCUGGCCAGUGAAGAAGCCGAAAAGGAGCAAGAGACUCUUUCCGACUAG